AUGGCCAUCAUCGAUCGUUAUUGCCUAGCAUCCAACGCUAAACUCAACUGCCAGAAGACUUCGGUGGUUUCAUUGACGGGACGUGUACCGGAUGAUUGGCGACAAGCUUUUGAUUCACAUGGCCUUCGAUUAUGGCAUGAUCACACUUGCACAGAGGCUGUCACCUAUUUAGGUUUUCCUCUUAACAGCACACAAGCACAAUUGAACAACUUUCUUCAAGCACGCCUAGCCAAGCUAAAGGCACACAUCAACGUCCUACAAUCUCGCUCUUUGUCCAUACGCGGUAAAUCACUGGUUGUCAAUUCGCUGAUCCUUAGUCGCAUGUGGUAUUGUUUACGUAUCCUCCCUUUGACGCAGCAUUUCAUCAAUAGCCUUCAAUCAGCGGUUAUUCAAUACCUCCAGGGUAAGACUUUGCCCAAGGUCAGUUUUAUGACUUGCUGUAGACCAAAGAAAGAAGGUGGUCUUGGUGUAUUACAUCCUAUGCACCAUCUCAAUGCUUUACAGCUACGAUGGAUACACCCCCUUUUGUCUAAUGAUCCUGAGGAACGACAAAAUUCGCUUGCUGAUCCGUAUCUACGACUUUGUAUCCUUGCUUUCUGCUCCACUCUGGCACCAACCAUUCCUAUCCUUUUCCCUGAACGACGUGAUUCUACUCUCCUCUCUUUUGGUCAUUUCAAGUCUCUUUUUCAAGCAUGUGACAAUAUCAAGCUGAAAGUGAAUUGGAGCGCUAUUACCCAUUUCACCGUCCUCGACUUACCGCUGAUCAAGAUUUGUACUUUUGCUGGUCCCGCUAAUGAAGCACCCAAACCAAGUUGGGGCACUCUUUUGGUUCGAGAUGCCUUUAUUUUAUCUACCGCUGCACAUCAUCUUCGUGCACGUUCACCACGUGAACGCACAAGACACAAGCGUAAGGUUAAUGCUUUUCAUCGAGACAUACACCCCAAUGGCACGUGGCGACUUAAACCUUUCUUCAAACGCCUGCUGGAAACUUUGCCUUCAAGUGAUGCACAUCGGACAGUGUCUCUCGACUACCAUGCUUUGGUUGCUCCCAUCACCCACACGAAUCUUCGUAUUAACGAUCUCACACGCAAAGCCUUCCGAUACAGCCUUUUACCACCACUCGAUUCUCUACCACCACAUUACCCAAGAGGCACCCAUUCAGCUUGGCAUCGUUUUUGGAAUGGCGCUAUUCCUCAUCAAGCACGUACUAUUCGAUGGAGACUGCUUCAUCACCGAAUAUCCAGUCGUCAACGUCUUCAUGCUUUAAUACCACGACAUGUCGAGUCGCCAUGCUGCCAACGUUGCACCAACAACCCCGAAGUGAACAAUCCUGCCAUGGAAUCCGAUCAGCAUUUCUUCUUCUCUUGUCCUUCGGUACAACCAAUAUGGCAUCAUAUCGGUCGUCAGUUUUUUGCCAAUCCACAAGCGAUUCAAUGGCGCCAUCUCUCCAAUAUUACUACACGUCCACCAUCCACAUCAUCCGACUUGCCAGUAUCCUAUGACAUCAUCAUAUCAUGUGGACUGCUCGCCAUUUGGAGGGCUCACUGGCGAUACGUUUUCCAUCAAGAAGCCAUCCCAUGCAAUAUCACAGCUGACUCUGCUACCAAACACAUCCAUCAAAUUAUCAAUGAGUAUAGUUUAGCCAAUUCAAACCCUUUAAUGUAA